UUGAGGGUCGCGGGUAGACUCCAUUUUGGCCCCAGAGGUGUUUCUGGGAAGUAGAGCGCCGACCCACACGCCUGGCCGGCCUGCCGGGUCCUGCCUUUUGCGCCCGAAUAUCUAGGUCCGAGUGUUGGCGUCUGCAGUUACUGCUGUCUUCCUCUCCGCAGCCUCCAAACCCUCCGAUCGGGCGGGAGCCUGUGAGCGCUGGGCCGCGCCGUCGGUGGUCACCGCGCCGGGAAGGAGGUGACGGGGGCGGCGCGGGGCGCAGACACUCCCCGCCGAGAGCCGCCUGCCAUGGACUCGGAAUAUUACGGUGGCGACCAGUCAGAUGAUGGUGGCGCUACCCCAGUACAGGAUGAACGGGAUUCAGGGUCAGACGUUGAGGAUGAUGUAAAUGAGCAGCACUCUGGAUCAGACACUGGAAGUGUAGAACGUCAUUCAGAGAAUGAACCUAGUGAUCGAGAAGAUGGCCUCAACAAAAGACAUCCUGCGACAGACUCGGAGAACGAGGAGCCGUCCAACCUCAACGCCAGUGACUCAGAAAGUGAGGAGCUCCAGAGGCAGAAGGACAGUGACUCCGAGUCUGAAGAGCACGCAGAACCACCUGUGAGUGAUUCUGAAAACGGGGGCCCCAGUCGCCAUGGGAGCGACUCUGAGAGCGAGGAGACCCGGAAGCUACCGGCCAGUGACUCUGAAAACGAGCAACUUCUUAACGGGCACGCAAGUGACUCCGAAAAUGAAGACGUUACAAAGCACGCUGCCAGCGACUCGGAGGGUGACGAGCUCCCAAAGAGUCCCGCCAGUGACUCGGAAACAGAGGACGUGCUAAAACCUCAAGUUAGUGACUCUGAGAGUGAGGAGCCUCCAAGGCACCAGGCCAGCGACUCUGAAAAUGAGGAGCUUCCCAAACCCCGGAUCAGUGAUUCGGAAAGUGAGGAGCUUCCCAAACCCCGGGUCAGUGACUCCGAGAGUGAGGAACCUCAGAGGACUCAGGCCAGUGACUCUGAAAACGAGGAGCUUCCCAAGCCCCGGGUCAGUGACUCCGAGAGUGAGGACCCGCCGAGGCACCAGGCCAGCGACUCGGAAAACGAGGAGCUUCCCAAACCCCGAGUCAGUGAUUCAGAAAGUGAGGACCCCCCGAGGAACCAGGCCAGUGAUUCUGAAAAUGAGGAACUUCCCAAACCCCAAGUCAGUGACUCUGAGAGCGAGGGGCCCCAGAAGGGUCCUGCCAGCGAUUCAGAAACCGAGGAUGCCUCCAGACACAAAGCAAAGCCGGGCUCUGACGAGGACAGUGAUGGGGAGAACAAGGGGGAGGAUGCGGAAACGCAGAACGCGUCCUCUCUCUCAGACGUGCGUGUGGACCGGAAACGGCUCAGCAGUUCUGACAGCGAGGAGGAGGGACCUAAAAGGCCCAAAAUCGACAGUGAUGAGGAGGAGGAAAAAGAAGGGGAGGAGGAGAAAGUAGCAAAGCGAAAAGCCGCUGUGCUUUCCGACAGUGAAGAUGAGGAAAAAGCAUCAGCAAAGAAGAGUCGAGUUGUCUCUGAUGCAGAUGACUCUGACAGUGAUGUUAUAUCCGACAAGUCAGGAAAAAGAGAGAAGGCAAUAGCCUCUGACAGUGAAGAAGAAGCAGGGAAAGAAGAGCUGUCUGACAAGAAAAAUGAAGAGAAGGACCUGUUUGGGAGUGACAGUGAGUCAGGGAAUGAGGAAGAAAAUCUUAUUGCAGACAUAUUUGGAGAAUCUGGUGAUGAAGAGGAAGAAGAAUUUACAGGUUUUAACCAGGAAGAUUUGGAAGAAGAAAAAAGUGAAACACAGAUAAAAGAAGCAGAAGAUUCAGAUUCUGAUGAUAACAUUAAGAGAGGAAAACACAUGGACUUCCUGUCGGACUUUGAGAUGAUGCUGCAGCGGAAAAAGAGCAUGAGUGGCAAGCGUAGGCGUAACCGCGAUGGGGGCACUUUUAUCAGCGACGCGGACGACGUCGUGAGUGCCAUGAUCGUCAAGAUGAAUGAAGCGGCCGAGGAAGACAGACAGUUGAAUAAUCAAAAAAAGCCAGCACUGAAAAAAUUAACAUUAUUACCUACUGUGGUCAUGCACCUUAAGAAGCAGGACCUUAAAGAAACAUUUAUUGACAGUGGUGUGAUGUCUGCCAUCAAAGAGUGGCUCUCGCCUCUGCCAGACAGGAGUUUGCCAGCACUAAAGAUUCGAGAAGAGCUGUUGAAGAUUCUGCAAGAGCUACCAAGUGUGAGCCAGGAGACCCUGAAGCACAGCGGGAUUGGACGAGCAGUGAUGUAUCUGUACAAGCACCCCAAGGAGUCCCGGUCCAACAAGGACAUGGCAGGAAAGUUAAUCAAUGAAUGGUCUCGGCCUAUAUUUGGUCUUACCUCAAACUACAAAGGAAUGACAAGAGAGGAGAGGGAGCAAAGAGACCUAGAGCAGAUGCCUCAGCGGCGAAGGAUGAGCAGCACUGGUGGUCAGACACCCCGAAGAGAUCUGGAAAAGGUGCUGACAGGAGAGGAAAAGGCUCUUCGCCCUGGAGAUCCUGGAUUCUGUGCCCGCGCGAGGGUCCCCAUGCCCUCAAACAAGGACUACGUGGUCAGGCCCAAGUGGAACGUGGAAAUGGAGUCGUCCAGGCCUGGUAUUCUUAAAAAGGGCCUAAGCCGAUUGGAAAAGCAUAAGAGGCGAUUUGCAGAACAGAAACGACUCAGCAAAGUGCACCGUGCUGUCAAGUUCAGCAUCGAAGGCAACAGGAUGCCCCUGUAGGCCUGGCCCUACCAGAGCAUCCGGGAGGUAUCCCCAGGGAAGCAUGCUCUGCGCAUGGGCUUGAGUUGUCCGCAGCCAGAGACAGGGCAAGAGUGUGUGCUGUCGUGACCAGACAGGGCCAGGACUGCUUUUAGUUUCUGAAAUAAUGACCUAACAGGCACUUAGCGGCCUUCUGGUCCUCUGGAGUGUUUAGACAUUGAUAUGGAAUUCUCUUCCUUUAUCUGCAUCCUAGAGACUGAAAGAUAAGCAUCGUGGUCUUUCUGACUGGUACCCUGUUUAUUUAAAAGGUUUCUCUUAGGGCCCGGAAUCAUUGUGGUCUGCUUUGCAGGCAUGUCAGCUGGUUAGUAAAGUCUUGCUGGAAGGGAGGUGGCUUUUCCUGUUGUCAGUGGUGCAGUAACAUGCAUUUGAGAGCUCAUCGCAUAAAGGCUGACACUGAAUAUUCAGGAGAUACACUUAAUUAUACACAUUCAUACGUGGUCGGAAACGACAAAUACUUUGAAACGUUCAUAAAGCUGGACUCUCUGACCUGCUGUGCUCUGGGGUUGACAGUGGCCCUUUGGUGGCAGCGGACUCUUGAGAGUCUGAGCACACUUGCCUACCUUUUGUGUCUCCUCUGUAACCCCUGCGCUGGCAGCUGCUUCCACCGACCACACUCACCUUCCCGCCGGUUCGCUUUGCUGUCAAGCUUUUGUCAAAACAAAGCACACGUUCUUACUGACUAAGACAGCACAGAGGUGGGAGAGCACUGGCGCAGUGCUAAGAACGCCUUCCUCUGUACUUCCUGCCUUUUUCCUUACCUUUAUCCAUUUCCACGUCCCUUGAGAGUCCCUCCCCCAUCCCCCUGACCACCCUGUUUCUCUUCCGUCCUUUUAUUCCUCUUUCAUAGUACUUUUUUCUUCCCCAGCACACUUAUUUUUGAGAACUGAGCACUACAGUGUGGCAAAGAAAAUAAAGUAAAAAAAAAAAAAAAAAAAUCUCCAUGGGCAGUCUUCUUGGGAAGCAUGCCUUGUGUCCAGAAGGGCAUGUGCCUAUCUGCUGGUGUUGCUGGUCAUGAGACCACCCUCCCCAAAGGUGAGGGGGGAGGAGGGAGGAGGCAGCUCAGCCUCCCACUGGAGCAGAGAGGUGAUAGCCCGAGGACAGGGAAAUUCAAGCAGACUUCUUUGCCUUCACCCCACCACUCCCAGAUCAAAGUAGGCUGAGAUUUAUCUUGGCCUGUGUCUGGCAUGUCCAAAAAAAUAAGUAAAUAAGGCAGGUUUGGGGGGCUGGGAGUCCCAUGUUUCCAUAAAUUGGCCCUAAACCACCCGACCCUAUUUCCCAGUUCAAGAAGAUUCAUUACGUAAGUAAAUACACUGUAGAAUAAACCCCAUUCCCAGAGUCCUGUUUAUCCUCCACCUAAGUCACCACUGUUAACAAUUUAAUGUAUUAAAUGUAUUUUCAGUAACACUUUAAGAACACUUAGUUAUUUCUGCUUCAAAUUGUAGAAAAUUUUGAGAUUAUAAAGAGAAAAAUCACCCACCACUCAAAAGCAAUUUG